GACCAGUUCCCGCGAGUACAGCUCGUAGCAGUGGGAGUCUAAAGAGACCGGCGGUGGGGGUGGAGAAGAGUUAUAAGUCAGGCAAAGUCUGCAGGCAGCCGGAAGGGGCGGGGCUGAAGGCCUGGGUCGACGUUCCUCGGCCUGAGGAGCUUGAAGCUCCUAGGCUGGGGGUGAGAGAGGGGCUCCGGUCUGCGAAGUGCGCGGGCAGGGGGCGUGGGAGGGGUGCUGAGGAGCCUGGAGGUGUCAGGAGCUUGGGAGAGGCUGGAAGAAGAGGGGUCCGUAGGCCUCCUAGAUGUGUGGAACUGUCCCCGGGAGCUGUAGCCCUUCACCACCAUCUCUACCUCCUUUCUUCUGAGGGAGCCUGAAACCUCUGUCAUGGAAAAGUACCACGUGUUGGAGAUGAUUGGAGAAGGCUCCUUUGGGAGGGUGUACAAGGGUCGAAGAAAAUACAGUGCUCAGGUGGUGGCCCUGAAGUUCAUUCCAAAACUGGGACGCUCAGAGAAGGAGCUGAGAAAUCUGCAACGAGAGAUUGAAAUCAUGCGGGGUCUGCGGCAUCCCAACAUUGUACAUAUGCUUGACAGCUUUGAGACGGACAAAGAGGUGGUGGUGGUGACAGACUACGCUGAGGGAGAGCUCUUUCAGAUCUUGGAAGAUGACGGAAAACUUCCUGAAGACCAGGUUCAGGCCAUUGCCGCCCAGUUGGUGUCCGCUCUGUACUAUCUGCACUCCCACCGCAUUCUCCACCGAGACAUGAAACCUCAGAACAUCCUUCUUGCCAAGGGUGGUGGCAUCAAGCUCUGUGACUUUGGAUUCGCCCGGGCGAUGAGCACCAACACAAUGGUGCUGACGUCCAUCAAAGGCACACCACUUUACAUGUCUCCAGAGCUGGUGGAAGAGCGCCCGUACGACCACACUGCAGACCUCUGGUCCGUGGGCUGCAUACUGUAUGAGCUGGCGGUGGGCACCCCUCCCUUCUACACGACGAGCAUCUUUCAGCUGGUCAGUCUCAUCCUCAAGGACCCUGUGCGCUGGCCGACCGCCAUUAGUCCUUGCUUCAAGAGCUUUCUACAGGGGCUGCUCACCAAGGACCCCAGGCAGCGUCUGUCCUGGCCAGACCUCUUACAUCACCCCUUUAUAGCUGGUCGUGUCACCAUAAUAACUGAAUCAGGAAACCCAGAUUUGGGCACCCCAUUCACCAGUCGCCUACCACCAGAACUUCAGGUCCUCAAGGACCAACAGGUACAUCGGCUGGCCCCCAAGGGCAAUCAGUCUCGCAUCUUGCGACAAGCCUGUAAGCGUAUGGCUGAGGAGGCCAAGCAGAAGAAACACCAGAACACAGGACCUGCCCUUGAGCAAGAGGACAGGAUCAGCAAGAUGGCUUGUGGCACAGCCCCUCUGCCUAGACUAAGAGCCACUCCUCAGGAACCAGGCCUCUUGGCUGGGAUCUUGGCCUCAGAAAUGAAGAGCAGCUGGGCUGAGUGGGGGGCUGGAGAGGCCACCCCUGCACCUCGAACGAUGGACAUGUUAAUGAACCCUGAGCAUCACGGGUCUGGAACUCCUCCUACUUGCUGUUCCUCUGGCAGGGAAAACCGGAUUGCCCAGGACUGUGAACAUAUUCUUCCAGAGCCGAGACCAGAUGUGGUGGGCCAGAGGAGCAUUGAUGCAGUGGACCUAGAAAAUGAGGAGCCAGACAGCGACGAUGAGUGGCAGCACCUACUAGAGACCGUGGAGCCAGUGCCUGUCCAGCUGAAGGCCCCACUCACUCUGCUGUGCAAUCCUGACUUCUGCCAGCGCAUCCAAGGCCAGCUGCACGAGGCCGGGGGGCAGAUCCUGAAAGGCGUGCUGGAGGGUGCAUCCCAGAUCCUCCCGGCACUCCGGGUCCUGAGCAGUCUUCUGUCUAGCUGCUGUGACUCGGUUCCCUUGUACUCAUUCUGCCGCGAGGCGGGUCUCCCUGGCCUCCUGUUCAGCCUGCUCAGAUACAGCCAGGAGAGCAGCAGUAUCCAGCAGCAGUGUUGGUAUGGGACCUUCUCACGGGACCUGAUGGCUGUGAUUCAGGCCUACUUUGGCUGCACCUUCAAUUUGGAGAGGAGCCAGACAGGUGACAGCCUACAGGUGUUUCAGGAGGCCGCCAACCUCUUUUUGGACCUGUUGGGGAAACUGCUGGCCCAACCAGAUGACUCUGAGCAGACCUUGCGGAGGGAUAGCCUUAUGUGCUUUACUGUUCUGUGCGAAGCCAUGGAUGGGAACAGCUGGACUGUCUCCAAAGCCUUUUACUCCAGCCUGCUGACGACUCAGCGGGCGGUGCUGGAUGGGCUGCUCCACGGCUUGACGGUUCCCCAGCUGCCUUUCCACAGCCCCCCAGGAGCCCCCCAAGUGAGCCAGCCGUUGCGGGAGCAAAGCGAGGAUCUGCCGGGAGCCAUGUCCUCUGCAUUGGCGGCCAUCUGUACUGCGCCAGUGGGGCUGCCCAGCUGCUGGGAAGCCAAGGAGCAGAUCUCUCGGCAUUUGGCGAAUCAGCUAACUGAAGACAGCAGCCAGCUGAGGCUGUCCUUGAUCUCUGGCUUGCAGCAUCCCAUCCUGUGCCUCCACCUCCUCAAGGUUCUCUACUCCUGCUGCCACGUCAGCGAGCACCUGUGCCACCUUCUAGGGCAUGAGCCCCUGGCCUUGGAGUCACUGUUGUUGUUGGUCCAGGGCAAGGUAAAGGUCGUGGAUUGGGAAGAGGCUACCGAAGUGGCACUUUAUCUCCUGUCCCUUCUUGUCCUCCGGUUGCAAGAUCUGCCUUCCGGAAUGGAGAAGCUAGGCAACGAGAUUGCUACUCUGUUUACCCACUCACACAUCGUCUCUCUCGUGAGUGCAGCAGCCUGUCUGUUGGGACAACUUGGUCAGCAAGGGGUGACCUUUGACCUCCAGCCUGUGGAGUGGAUUGCCGCAGCGUCGCAUGCUCUGUCUGCCCCUGCAGAGGUCCGGCUGACCCCACCGGCUGGCUGUGGAUUUUAUGAUGGCCUCCUCAUCCUCCUGCUUCACCUCCUCACCCAGCCAGGGAAGGGCAGCCUGAUAAGGGAUGUGGCUAGCUCAGAAAUGUGGACCGUUCUGUGGCACCGCUUCUCCAUGGCCCUAAGGCUCCCCGAGGAGGUGUCUGCCCAGGAAGAGGAGCCCUCCCUGUCCAGGCCACAGAGCCCGGAGCCAGACUGGACACUGAUUUCCCCCCAAGGCGUGGCCGCCCUGUUGAGCCUGGCCGUGGCCACCUUCACCCAGGAGCCCCAGUUAUGCCUGAGCCACCUGUUGCAGCGUGGAAGUACCCUCAUGUCCACCUUGAAGCAUCUGCUGUCCCCCAGCUUCCUGCAUCCUCUGGGCCGAGCGCCUCACGGGUCUGAAUUUCUGCCCUUCGUGGUGCUCUCUGUCUGCCAGCUCCUCUGCUUUCCCUUCGCCCUGGACGUGGAUGACGACCUCCUCGGAGGUGUCUUGGCUGACUUUGUGGACUCCGAAAUCGCAGCCCACCUGCUGCAGGUCUGCUGUCACCACCUUCCAUUGCCUCAAGCUGAGUUGCCUGUCAGUCUCCUCACACGCCUGGCCCUCACGGAUCCCUCCUCGCUCAACCAAUUCGUGAACGUGGUGGCUGCCUCCCCUCGAACUGUCAUCUCCUUCUUCUCAGUUGCCCUCCUGGGUGACCAGCCAGUGCUCACCUCCGACCUUCUCUCGCUGCUGGCCCACACAUCCCGAGUGCUGUCUCCCAGCCACUUGUCCUUUAUCCAGGAACUCCUGGCCGGCUCUGAUGAAUCCUAUCGGCCACUGCGGAGUCUCCUGGGCCACCCAGAGAACUCCGUGCGGGCCCGCACUUAUGGGCUCCUGGGACACUUGCUGCAGCACAGCAUGGCCCUGCGGGGGGCGCUGCAGAGCCAGGCUGGGCUGCUCAACCUCCUGCUGCUGGGGCUUGGAGACAAGGACCCUGCCGUGCGGCGCAGUGCCAGCUUCGCUGUAGGCAAUGCAGCCUACCAGGCGGGUCCCCUGGGCCCGGCCUUGGCUGCCGCGGUACCCGGUAUGACCCAGCUCCUCGGAGAUCCUCAGGCCGGCAUCCGGCGCAACGCCGCGUCGGCUCUGGGCAACUUGGGGCCUGAGGGCCUGGGGGCAGAGCUGAUACAGUGCCAAGUACCGCAGCGACUCCUGGAGAUGGCUUGUGGGGACCCACAGCUGAAUGUGAAGGAGGCCGCCCUCAUUGCCCUCCGGAGCCUCCAGCAGGAGCCCUGCAUCCAUCAGGUGCUGGUGUCCCUGGGGGCUAGUGAGCGGUUAGCCAUGCUCUCUCUGGGGAACCAGUUACUGGCGCCCAGCAACCCCCGGCCCGCCUCUGCCAGACACUGCAGGAAACUCAUUCACCUCUUGAGGCCAACACACAGCACGUGAUCUCAGAUUCCUGUGGUCCGUCCUCCAGCCUUUUUGGCCCCUUAUUGCCAACCUCUCCUUUUUCUACUGUAUGAGACACCAACUCAACCAAGAGCUAAAGAGACUAAAAAAAAAAAAAAAAAGAGAGAGAGAGAGAGAUAAGCUGCAAGUCAACUGAUUUGAGAAUGAAAAACUAGAAGAGAUUUAUGUAUAAAGCUCCCUCCUUUCCCCAGAUACUGAUUUCAACCAGUAAACUUCAUGAUGUUGGUGCCACAGAAGAUUCCUUCCUUUUCUACAUCGAAGACUCUUUCUCUGAUCAUGUGCCUUUAAUCCCAAGAACAUGCCUCCUGGAUAUCAGGGAUGUA